AUGGUUUCUCAAAUUAAAAGUGCUGACGAAUUCGAAAAAGCUAUUAACCAAGAUAAAUUAGUCGUCGUCGACUUCUUUGCCGUCUGGUGUGGUCCAUGUAAAAUGAUCGCUCCAAUGAUUGAAAAAUUCGCUGAACAAUACCCACAAGCUGAUUUCGUUAAAUUAGAUGUUGACGAAUUAUCAGAAGUUGCUCAAAAGAAUGAAGUCUCUUCCAUGCCAACAUUAGUCUUCUUUAAGAAUGGUAAGGAAAUUACUAGAGUUAUUGGUGCUAACCCUGCUGCUAUCAAGCAAGCUAUCGCUUCUAACGCUUAA